UAACACCAAAAUUGAAUGACUUCAGAUAGAGUCUACCUAGAUGAUGGCUUAAUCCGCUUGUUAGUAUCUGCAAUACGAGGCGGGACAAUACUCCCCGUGGUGAGAUAUCUCGCGAUUAUACAGCAGCCCUUGGCGAAUCGGUUUGCCCGUCAGACCGGGGGCCGCAUGUGGCCGGAGCCAGCAGCUAGCGUGACUAAUGGAGUGUUUGUGGGGACAAAAGCACCUGCGGGUCUGCGCCUCGCUCAGUUGCCCCGCAGUCAGUACCGCAGACGGUCAGGUAGAGGUGAGAUGGCCGCCUCCACACUCUCGCAGAUCGUCGCCCUCGCGCUCCUUCCUCUGCUUGCCGCAGUCGCCGGCCAGAGAAUCACAACAAUACAGCUGGAUGGAACGCAGUACUUCAUUAGCAGGAUGAACCCCUACUCUCCAGAGCUCAACUACUUCCUGGCCUACCAGUACUGUCGCUCCAUCGGCCUGCAGUUGGCCAGCUUCGAGACCAAGGAGAAGGCAGACGCCAUCAUGCAGUACCUGAUAAAUGCUGGAUACAACAAGUACGAUUUUUGGACGUCGGGCAACAGACUCGGGACUGACAUGAUGAUCUGGAUGAGCACAGGGUUACCUUUUAAUGCCACCUUUGACUACAUGCGGCGUUCUGAGAACGAAGAAGAGUAUGAGGUGCCGAUGGCACGACAACUGAGCGCAGUGGAGCCCAGGAAAGAUAAUGACACAUCAGAUGGCUGCAUCCUGCUGCGCUCGCCUGAUAUGUACUGGGACAAAGACGAUUGCACAAAGAUUAGGGACUUCAUCUGUGAGCAGACACGGUGUUACUACUAUAACUACGGCUCCAUCCCCGUGUCGCCAGCUCAGGGAAACAGAAUAAAAGUGACGUCGCCCCCAUCACCAACUGCGGCUGUGAGUAUAACCCCCACCCCUGCUCCCACCACCACCUCCCCGCCAUCGCCACCUUCCACUUUCAGUCCGACAACUAGUGCUGAGCCGGCUGUCGACACGCAGGAGUCUGAAGAAGGCGAGUUCGAGCCAGAACCAGACGACAGCGAAACCGAACACAUCGAGAGUACACAAGGCGAGACUGGCCCCAAUGACCUGCAGCUGGGAGAACCCGACAUGACCACUGAACUCAUCAGGUCCAGGUCACAGCACUACGUUAAAAACGCUGAACACGAUCGGAACAAUGCCUCGCCUGAUAUACCUGCUGAGUUCCCUUGGACAUGGGCCCGGAACAUCAUGCUAGAAAAAACCGGUGCUGAAAAAGUCGGCUCGGAUAUAAGUUGUCGGGUGAACGUUUUAAGUGGCAUUCUAGAGAGUUAAAAGACUUUUAUUUAUACUUCUCCUCAAUUUAAAUUAAGUGUAACUGAUAUUUAAGUGUACUUUUGUAUGACUAAGUAUUUAUGUACAAAACGGAAAAUCAAAAUAAAUUUUUUUACUGUA